AUAAUCAAGCCGCGCAUCGAAGAGCAAACAACAGUGAAGUGAACAGCAAGUAAUAAACCAAAGCCUGAGUUCGGAGUGAUAAGAACUGUUCGUGCUGUGCACCGUUUGUUGGAAAAUUAAAAAUAAAAUAGUCAAGUGUAGCGAAGCAAUAUAAAAAUAAAAAUGUGUCUAAAGGAGAUGGAUCAUCCGGUUAGUAGGCUGAGUGAUCAGCUGUUGGCUGAUCGAGUUGAAGGUGAUCCAAGUGUGCGACGAAAUGGAGAGUUUAAAUUGUCUGAAAGUGGGUUGAAAGUGGCCAGUGCCACCGCAGUGGAACAAGAGCUGUACCGGGACAUUUUGGCUGGUGGAACGGAAGCCACCAGGAAGCUGUUCGAGGGCAUCAUGCGCGGAUGCGAAAAGCUGCGCCGAAGCACCGCCUACAAGAUCCUCACUCGUACCACGCAACCAUCGCAUGCAAUUUCGAUGCUGUUCGUUUCCUUCAUGCUGUUGGUGCUGUGGCCGAACAUUGUAGGCCAAUCGGCGGAUGCUGACAGUGAGUGUGCCCGACCGACGGCAAGCCGUGCCGGUGUGCUGGUUUCCUUGGCCUACAUCGGUUCCUUCGCGAUGCAUUUUGGGGCCCAAAUGUGGAUGACCUUCGUGUCAGGUUUGGCGCUCUACUUCAACCUGCCACGUCACACCUUCGGGCGGAUUCAGGAGAUCCUGUUCCCGAAAUAUUUCUCCAUGGGAACGGCACUCAGCGUUGUAACACUGCUGGCUUUUAUAAAACUACAACAAGCCGCCCAUCCGGAACUGAGUACGGCUUCUUUAAACAAUUGGGAACCUACGCUGCUACUGCAGGUUGUGGCGCUGGCUCUGUGUGCCGCCCUUGAACUAAUCGUGUGGCUUUACAUGGCCCCUCCAAUGCUGCGUCUGAUGCAUCUGAAGUACAACUUCGAAGCCCGGGAAACCGUCGGCCAGGAAGUGGGCCAAUUCAGUGGCACGGAAAACGCCCAGCUGCGUCGCUCGAACCCGUACCAAAACGUGCACAAGCGUUUCCGCCAGAUUCACAUGGCGACCGCGAUGACCAACAUGGGUUCCCUACUGUGCACCUUCAUCCAUUUGCACUAUCUGGCUUCGCGGGUUGAGCUGCGCUGAAAGGGUGAGAACGACCCGAGAUAAACUAGGACGCCAUUUUGUUGCAGGCGCUGGCGCUGCGUAACAGACUGAGAUGAGAUGAGACGAGAUGAGAGAUGUGUGCGUGUGUUCACAGCGUCCCCCCCCCUCCGGGGGAGGGGACAAUUCCAGCUGUAAGCACAGUAUUAUCCAUGGGAGAUAUUAGAAUCAAAAUUUUGCCACAAAAUCUAGUCCAUUUUUCGCUUUAGCGAAAGUUAGUAAGGUCACAUCGAAAAAGCAUACACACACAUACUAAAUCUACUUCAGAUCCAUUAGCACUGAACUUUUAGUGAUUAUUGCAAGAUGAGAUUAAAACUACCGUUAGAGGUUUAGUUAGUAAGUUUCGUUUUUAUGAUCCUAUUUAUUGCAAUAUUCGAAAAAUUCUGUGUUAGGAAGCAAAACAGGUAAACCAAAACAAAAAAUUGUUAAGCGAGAAUAAAAGAUCUGAAGUAGCGUUUUUAGGGUUUUAGCAUAACUUUAGGUUUAAGUAGUAUAAUCAAUUGUAGCCAAUAGUUUGCCCAACUAGUACCAAUCGUGGCAGCUAAUCUAUUUAUUUGUGUUCCAUACCCCUAGUUAGCAGCUUACGUAAGAGAGCAGCUGGUAUACGAUCGUGUUAGUAGAAAUUCAAUUAAUGUAAACUUACGCCCGAUCUUCGUUCGUUCCGAACGAAGACAGCAGUAAUAAAUUCAGAAAUUUAUUCAAAUCAAAA